UGUCGCGUCGGAUACAGGUCUUACUGUACGUUCCUCUCUGUUCUCAUUUUUCGAUUGCCAGGCUCGAACUCCGGCUUCGCUUUGCGGCUCGAGAGAGAGAUGGGAUCUCAUCCCACGGCGGUAGGCGUGGGGUGGUGGGUGUUAGGGCUGGCGCUGGCGUCGGCGUCGUGGUGUCUUGCCGCGGAAGCGGAUGGAGGAGGAGGAGGAGGAGGAGGAGGGGCGAAAGGGCGGUUGCUGCUGAGCUUCAAGGAGACGCAGGGGAACUCGUCCUUUCAGUGCUCUCCCUCCGGCCCCUGCCUCCCCUGCCAGUACUCCGAAAAGAAUGAUGAGAAGUAUCGUUGCAGUGAAACUGGCUAUCGUGUGCCAUUAAAAUGUGUAGAAAUACAAGAUAGUGGGAAGGAUGAAACUAAUAGAAUCCAAAGAAGGCUGUCCUCUCUUCAAGAGCAUAGCAAAGCAGUGCAAAAAAAGUUGCUUACUGCCAUAAGUAAUUACAAAUGGAGAAAGUUGUUGGAUGAUUCAUCCACAUCAGAAGGUGGGAAACAGAGUUACAUCACCUAUAGGAGUUGUGUUCCAGCUGAUGAUGAAGAAAAGUUGUCAGUCCUUGGUUUUGAGGUGAUUAUGGUAGGGCUGUUACUUAUCAGCGGGUCGGUUGUAUAUUUAAGGCAAAAACGUACUAUAGUCAUGCCAGGAGUUGGAGCUAUGAGAAUCCAAACAAACUCUCCUAGGUUCUAGUGGUGCAGACCAAGGAUGGGCCGAGCUUCUACGCUAAUAUCAUCCUAUUUAAGCUGUGUGCUGUGCUUUUUCUUUUUUCUUUCUUUCUUUGUUUUUUUUUUACCAAUCUCCUUUUAAGAUGCCCUUUUACUUGGAUCUGGCAUGGCCAAGGUAAUAAUAUAUGCUGUGUAGAGAAGAAAUGAAGCUUCAUCAUCAAUUUCUUGUUACAUGACUUAAUUCUUAUAAUGGUUUAUUUACCAUUCCCUGGUUUUGCUUUC